UUGUGCAAAUCUAAAAGCCUGACUUCCGCCUUUUUAAACUCGAAUCUCUUAUAGCACUUCGACGUUUAUAACGAGAUUCUUAGGCGAUGGAAGAUCAAGCAAGAUCCGACUCGAUAAGCAGCUUGCCGGAUGACAUCCUGCGGCGGAUCAGUUGCUCCAUUCCACUUAAAGAAGCAGCGAGGACAACCAUCCUCUCAACCAGGUGGAGGACCCUGUGGGCGCCUAGCCGACUGAAUGUCUCCCUCAACAUGGACUCGAACACAAACUUUGGUGCAGUCCAAGACAUGGUCGAGGAUUCAGUGCAGGUCCUCGUCAGCACAUUUCUAGGAUCCUAUGAAGCUCCGGAGGCACGGAAGCUGUGCUUCGCUGGCAUUCCCGGAGCCAACCACGAGCCACCAAGUGGCUCGGAACAUGAAUUAAUUACCAUCACGGCCAUAAAGGGAGUGGAGAAAGAGCUCCAUCUCCAAUUUUCAAAGAACAUCUGGGAGUGCAGGAGCUUCCAUUUGAAGCUUGGGCCUGCUCUAGGCACAGCUAAUUUAACUGAGCUGAGGCGGCUCCACCUCAGGUCCGUGGCCUCCCUUGGCUCCGGCUUCGUUUCCAAUCUUUUCUCGUGCUGCCACAUCCUCGAGAGCCUAAUCCUGGAGAAGUGCCCUGGAUUGGAGACUAUUGCCAUUGACAAGAACAGUAGCCUCCAGGAGUUGGCAAUUUCCAAUUGCCCGGACUUGGGUCGUGUCUCUGUUUGUGCCCUGGAGCUGAAAUCAUUCCGUUACCAGGGAGCUCUCCCGAAGAUAGAGCUAAAGAGCACAUCGAAUUUGGCCGAGGUUGCGCUCAAUCUUAGGGACGGGUCCGGGCCUGGGGAAUUCGACUGUGAGGAAGUUCUGUCUCUCCUGGACUCAAUGAAGGAGGUCGAAUUUCUCACGAUUAGCGGGUGGCUUCUUGAGUGGCUCUGUUCAGCAGGGGUCAUAUAUGGGAAGCUAGAGUUCCAGUUCAGCAGAUUGAAGGAGCUGCGUUGGGCCGAUUCCUCGAUGAACAGCACCAAAAGGGACUCUCUGGCUUGUUUCUUGAACAUCUGUCCCGUUUUAAACAAGUUGUUCAUAGACGUUGAUCACAGCCUCGGCAUGGUUCACUGCCCGAUUUUGCACCAGCACUGGCAUGAACCCCACCUGUGGAGGGAUUACGAUACUGUGAAGUCUGACGUUUUGCCGCUCAAGCACCUAAAGGCGGUGAGGAUGGGUUUGGGUCAUCUCGCAAGUGAAGAAGACCGGCUGUCCUUGAUGGAGCUUCUGCUGGAAAAGGCAGUUAUCCUGGAGUCAAUGUCGGUUAUAACAUAAGCGUGAAAGUCAAAAGGUUUCUUUGGCUGAAACAAGACAGCCAAUUUCUUGAUUUCCAAUCCAUGCAUAUAAGUUGAAAAUUAAAUAUUGUAACAGCAGAUGCAGCUCUAAGUGUAACAUAUAAUACUUAAUUUUUGGAUAUUAAAAAGUUGAAAAUUCAGCGCUCUUAA